AUAAAUUAUUAGUGUUCUUGGUGGCCAACAGGACAUUUAAUACAGCGAAGAAUUGGUAGAAUGAAUUUUAUGCUAGUCCUUUCCAGUUUUUUCUCAUUGGCUGAGUUGAAUCUUUAAGAAGACAAGGAAGUUAAAUUUCCAAGCGAUACUCUGAGUUGAAUUUGUUGAUGCUGAUGCCAGGAACGAAACUAUGCUAGUAUUGAUGAACCAAACAAUAGGCCUUUCAUGUCUCAUCUUCUUCCUUCUCCUUCUCUAUGUUACACUCACAUCCGUCAUUGAUUCAUCCGGCCACUCUCCAGAAUUAGAGAGCUCGGCGUUAAAGAUGAAGCGUCCAUUUUCUCCUACUGCACCGAUCACCUGUGAUCGUUCCCACAAAGACUACGAUCUGUGCUCAAUCAACGGUCCAACUCUCCUCGACCCCAUCAGCGCCACCUUCUUCUUGAUAAGUCCCACCGAUAUGAACCCACCAUCCUUUCUUAUGAAAACUAAACCUUACCCUCGUAAAUCGGACAAAGAGGCGAUGUCCCGGGUUAAAGAGCUCACUCUCACUCUCAACUCACCUCCACCUAACGUCUCUUGUGGAGUCACCCACACUAGCUCAGCAAUCGUGUUCAGCACAGGCGGCUACAUUGAAAAUCCCUACCAUCAAUUCAUGGACGGAUUUCUUCCCCUCUACAUCACCAUCAAUUUUCUCCUACCGGACGAUCAUCAGGAUGACGUUAUUCUUGUGAUCACUGAUUAUAAAGAUUGGUGGAGCCGGAAGUAUACAGAAUUAUUAGCUCAUUUCAGUCGCCAUCCGAUCAUCGACAUGGACAAUGAAACGAUCACCCAUUGCUUCCCUUCGGUGAGCGUAGGUCUCAUCACACAUGGUUACUCCAAAGUAAAUCCCAAAUUACUCCCACGGCCAAAAACUCUUAUUGAUUUUAAAUUCUUCCUGGACCAUGCUUACAGUCAAGGCGAUACUGAUACCACAACUUAUCAGAUCCGGCAGAAAAGUGCAAGGCCUAGGCUGCUUUUAAUGAAUAGAAAUGCUAAAGUUGGGCGAAUGAUUUUGAACCUGGAGGAAGUUGUAAAAACGGUUGAGGUGAUCGGGUUUGAUGUGAUUAUCAUGGAACCAACGGUAGAUACUUCUUUGCUGGAGUUAUUUAGGCUAAUUCAAGCGAGCCAUGCCAUGUUGGGGGUGCAUGGGGCAGCAUUGACGCAUUUCUUGUUCCUUCGGCCGGGGGCGGUGCUAAUGCAGGUGGUGCCAAUUGGAACACAGGAGAACGCAGAUAUGUGCUUUGGGGAUCCCGCAAGUGUUUUGGGUUUGCAGUAUUUGGAUUAUAAAGUUCAAUACGAGGAAAGUAGCUUGGCAGAAAGAUAUGCGCCUGAUGACUUGGUGAUGACGAACCCUGAAGCGUUUGUUGAAGGAAAGUGGAAAAAUAUGCUUGUAUAUAUGAACCAGAAUCUCAAGGUUGACAUUGUAAAGUUCAGGAUGUUCUUGGAGGACGCUUACAAGAAGGCUAAGAUAUUCAUGGAGGAGGAAGUUGGUUAGUCUAUAGGUAAUAACAAUAGCCCAACAUCAGCGCGAAUUAUUUAAAGAUGGAAACGUAGGUUCUUUUAUCUUUUUAGAAUUUGGACUUCUGCUUGUUAAUUUUUCCAUUUUUUAUGGACUAUUUGAGAUUCAGGCCUCAUUGGGCUGUCCUUCCUGCCAGGCUGAAAGAAG